GGGUGAAAACAAAUUAUAUGUAGCAGUUGGAAACGAGAUUGAAGAAGCAACAUCAAUCCUAUUGGGCAAUAAUGUUUACAAGAGGGGAGAUCUGUGUAAUUCAUGUUCAUGUGCCUGUCCAAAAUAUCCAUCAACCAAUAAAUGGUUUUCGAGCACCUUCAUGGGCUGUCAGAGAUGGAGCACUCAAAGAACAGGAAAGAAAGGUGGACAAAAUGUUAGAUAAUUGUAUUAAGAGGUGUGCCAGAAAUGAUGUUCUGUUUGAAAAUAUAAUUUUCAAGAAGGAAUCAGUAACUGAUGGAAUUUUGGAACUCAUAUCUAAGCUAGGGAUACGGAAAUUGGUGAUGGGUGCAGGAGCGAACAACAUCUAUUUGAGGGAAUUGGAAGAGGAGUUGCAGAAGUACAGGAAACAACGAGAUGAUGUGAAAAUGGAGUUGCAGAAGUACAAGAAUCAAUUUGAUGAAGUGAAUAUGGAGUCUGAUGAUUCCCAGAAAGCAUCAAGAUCAAAUAUUCCUGCAAUUUCCGGUGAGUUCUCACAAUUAGAUCUUGUGGAAGCUACUAAGUUCUUUGAUCCAUCAUUGAGAAUUUGGAAAGGAUAUAAUGGUAAUGUGUACAAAGGCUUCCUACAUGACUGUGAAUUGGCAACACAGACACCUAUACCUUAUAGGUUGCAGUAUAUUACAGAGUUUAAACAAGAGGUUGAUUUUUUAAGCAAGCUACAUCAUCCAAACGUGGUGAAACUCAUUGGUGCCUGCCUAGAUCCCUUGGCUCUCAUCUAUGAGCAUCUUCCCAAGGAAGUCUUGAAGACCGACUUAGUUGCAAGGGAAAUACUCCCCCCUUACCAUGGCAAACAAGAAUCAGUAUAGCAACUGAGAUAUGCUCAGUGCUUAACUUCCUCCAUUCCAUCCAACCUUGCAGCAUUAUACUCGGUAAUGUAAACCCAAAUAAUAUACUUCUUGAUGCCAAUUUUAGAUGUAAGCUCAGUGUAUUUGGCCAUAUCAUCCCAAACAAUAGGCAGACUCUUACAACUGAUGAGCAGAGCGAUUCUUACACAGACCCUGAUUUUCAAGGAGAACAUCUUUCUCCUAAAUCUGAUGUAUAUUCUUUUGGAAUUAUAUUGUUGCGCUUAUUAACUGGAAGACCUGCCUUGAGGAUAGUGGAGGAGGUUCAGCAUACUCUAGAGAAUGGUCGUCUCUAUAGCAUCUUGGAUUCGUCUGCUGGUGACUGGCCGAUCACACAAGCAAAUCACCUGGCUUACAUGGCUUGGAAGUGCUGUCAUGUCAAAGCAAAAUGCCGACCAGACCUUGAUUAAGAGACAUGGAGUGUUCUGAAAGAAAUGAUGAUGCCAUGUAAAAGCUCAUCUAACCCUCCUGGUGACAAAGUACCCUCUUAUUUCAUUUGCCCCAUUUCUCAGG